AUGGCCCAGUCCCCCAAAUGCACCCUUGGUGAGCUCCAGCCCAUGGCGGUUUAUGCUUUGGACGGGUGGGGAGAGUGCGAGCGCGAGAGGCAGGGGAACAUCACGUCUCUCCUGGCGGUGCCUCAGGCAGCGUUGCUGUUUCUGGCCAGCAUCUCAGGCCUAUGCUUUGCUAUCAGCCUCGUCCUCAUCUGUGUCUACCUGAUCCGCUUCUGCUGCUGCAGCAACGAAGACGACGAGGAAACCAAGACUCAAAGGGUUUGCUGUGUCACUUGGAGCUGCGUGGCAGCCAUUAUCAUCUGCUGUGCUGGGAUUGGCAUUGGUUUCUAUGGAAACAGUGAAACCAACGAUGGAGUGUACCAGGUCACCUAUUCGCUGCUGAACGCCAAUCACACGUUAAGCUCCAUUGAUACACUGGUCUCAGAGACAGUAGAGCUACUUUCAGCAACUGUACGUGGGGACCUGACUCAGCUCGAGGAGACAUUGUCGCCACGGACUGACCUGGUGGCUGUGGUCCGCAACACUCGCCGCCAGGCUGAGACAGUGGCACAGACCCUAGAUGGGGUCCCUUUCUGGGGGGAAACGCGUGGUGGGCCUAGCAUUCUGGCAGAACAAGUUGGCUACCUGGAGGACUACAGGUGGCUGGCCUACAUUCUGCUGCUGCUGCUGGACCUCAUCAUCUGCCUCUUCACCUUGCUUGGGCUGGCGAAGCAGAUCAAGUGGCUGGUAAUCGUAAUGUCUGUGAUGAGUUUCCUAGUUCUCAUCCUGAGCUGGGGCUCCAUGGGGCUGGAGACAGCAGCAGCCGUGGGACUGAGCGAUUUCUGCUUUGAGCCAGAUGGCUAUGUGAUGAACACAACCCAAGCCAGAACUGGACUCAGCCCAGAAAUCCUGCAAUACUACUUAACCUGCAGCCAAGAUGUCUUUAACCCUUUCCAGCAGAGGCUCACCAUGUGUCAGAGGGCACUGUCCAACAUACACUCUCAGCUGUACGGAUUGGAGAGAGAAGCUGUCCCACAAUUCCCAGCCGCUGAGAGGAGCAUACUGGCCAUCCAGAGCACUUUGAACACUACAGAAAGCAAUUUCCAUCACCUCGUCGCUCUGCUCAACUGCCGGGGACUUCACAAGGACUAUGUGGAUGCCCUGAAAGGGCUGUGCUACGACGGCAUGGAAGGCCUGCUCUUCCUCCUCCUCUUCUCCUUCCUCUCCGCCCUUUCCUUCACCACAGCUGUCUGCAGUCUGCCCCGUGCCUGGAAGAGGUUCCAGAACAGGGACUCGGACUAUGACGACAUGGAGGACGACGACCCUUUCACGCCCCAGGCACGUAGGCUGCCGACGGUGCGCGCGGGGGGGGCCGGGCCCACCCUGCCCGGCUCCUAUAGCCACUGUUCAAGCUGGGGCAGCCGUGGCAGCCUGCGCCUCUCAGCCCCCCCCAUUUCCAACGCCCCCGUCUCACAGUACAUGAGUCAAAGCGCUUCGUUCAGUGGCAGUCCUCGAUUUGAGAGCGUCCCCCUCAUUGACCGCCAUUCCCCACCCCCUUCGUAUUCCCCCAGCAUGCGAGCGUCUUACGUCGGUGCUAGUGAAGAAGUGGAACCCCCCUACCGGACUGGAUACCAGCCCUAGAUGCACCCCAGGAGACCCUCUACCCACAUCCACACCAUCUGACUAACACAGAGCAGAUCCCCCCCACCCCCAAUUUCUUAUCAGAGUGCAACUGAAGCACACUCGAUCACCACGUCCCCCUGCCCUUUGACCAGCGUCUCUUCUUCACUCACUUAACUUGCCGGGCCUCUGGAAGAGAGCAAGGG